AUGGCGCAUAUCGGGAAGACGGUACUAGAUUCCGGCUGGCUAGCGGCUAGAUCCACGGAGGUCGAUUACGACGGCGUCCAGCUCACUACCACCAGUCCACCGACCCUCGGCUCCGAAUCUCGGUGGAUGGAAGCCGUCGUCCCUGGAACUGUUUUGGGCACAUUGGUUAAGAACAACUCUGUUCCAGAUCCUUUCUAUGGGCUAGAAAAUGAAGCUAUCACCGAUAUUGCCGACUCCGGAAGGGACUACUACACAUUCUGGUUCUUCACUAAUUUCCAAUGUCAAAGGUUGUUGAAUCAAUACGUGCAUCUUAAUUUCCGCGCCAUCAACUACUCUGCGGAACUGUAUGUAAACGGCCACAAGACAGUGCUUCCCAAGGGGAUGUUUCGCAGACAUACACUUGACAUCACUGAUAUUCUGCAUCCUGAGAACAACUUACUUGCUGUUAUCGUUCAUCCCCCUGAUCAUCCUGGCACUAUACCUCCCGAAGGAGGCCAAGGCGGUGAUCACGAGAUUGGGAAAGAUGUAGCUGCACAGUAUGUGGAAGGCUGGGACUGGAUUUGUCCGAUAAGGGAUCGGAAUACUGGCAUAUGGGAUGAAGUGUCAAUAUCUGUUACUGGGCCUGUAAGAAUAAUUGAUCCCCAUUUGGUGUCAACCUUCUUUGACGGUUACAAGAGGGCUUACCUGCAUGCGACUGCUGAACUUGAGAACAAAAGCUCAUGGAAUGCUGACUGUUCUGUAACUGUUCAAGUAACGGCCGAACGCGAAAACGGAGUUUGUUUAGUUGAGCAUCUUCAGACAGAGAAUGUUCGGAUCCCUGCUCGAGGACAUAUUCAGCACACAUUUAAGCCGCUCUUUUUCUAUAAACCUGAACUGUGGUGGCCCAACGGGAUGGGAAAGCAAAACCUUUAUGACGUCAUGAUCACUGUCGUUGUGAAAGGAUUCGGGGAAUCUGAUUCGUGGAUGCAGCCAUUUGGAUUCCGCAAGAUUGAGAGUGAUAUUGAUAAUGUCACUGGUGGAAGGCUGUUCAAGAUCAACGGUGAGCCCAUCUUCAUCCGUGGUGGCAAUUGGAUACUAUCAGAUGGGCUGUUACGCCUCUCUAAAGAACGUUACAGAACCGACAUAAAGUUCCAUGCAGAUAUGAACAUGAACAUGAUCCGUUGCUGGGGCGGUGGGCUUGCUGAAAGGCCGGAUUUUUAUCACUUUUGUGAUAUCUACGGUUUGUUGGUCUGGCAAGAGUUCUGGAUCACUGGAGAUGUUGAUGGAAGAGGUGUUCCAGUGUCAAAUCCAAACGGACCACUAGACCAUGACUUGUUCCUUUUAUGUGCUCGUGAUACUGUGAAACUUUUGAGAAACCAUCCGAGCCUAGCUCUUUGGGUGGGUGGGAACGAACAAGUUCCGCCAAAAGACAUAAAUGAGGCUCUAAAGCAAGACCUGGCGCUUCACCCUUAUUUCAUAACCCAAAUCUUAUCAGACCAGGAUCCAGAUCCGAGUGUUUGUCUUGACGGUACUAGAGUUUAUAUCCAAGGAUCUAUGUGGGACGGCUUUGCAGAUGGAAAGGGAAACUUCACUGACGGCCCUUAUGAGAUUCAGUACCCUGAAGAUUUCUUUAAGGACACAUACUAUAAGUUUGGGUUCAAUCCGGAGGUGGGUUCGGUUGGAAUGCCAGUUGCAGAGACGAUAAGAGCGACAAUGCCUCGAGAAGGUUGGGAGAUUCCUCUGUUUAAGAAGGGCUCAGACGGGUUUGUGGAAGAAGUGCCGAAUCGAAUGUGGGAGUACCACAAGUACAUCCCAUAUUCUAAGCCUGGAAAAGUUCAUGACCAGAUUCUGAUGUAUGGUGCUCCCGAGAAUCUCGAUGACUUCUGCUUGAAGGCUCAAAUGGUGAACUACAUUCAGUACAGAGCUCUAUUCGAGGGCUGGAGUUCGAGAAUGUGGACAAAGUACACGGGUGUCUUGAUCUGGAAGAACCAAAACCCCUGGACUGGUCUCAGAGGCCAGUUCUACGAUCAUCUUCUCGACCAAACAGCCAGCUUCUAUGGCUGCCGUUCCGCUGCAGAGCCAGUCCACGUCCAAUUAAACCUGGCAAGUUACUUUGUUGAGGUUGUAAACACGACUUCCAAGGAGCUAUCAGAUGUGGCGAUAGAGGCAUCAGUGUGGGAUCUAGAUGGCAACUGCCCAUACUUCAAAGUGUUCAAACAAGUAUCCGCACCGGCAAAGAAAGUUGUGCAGAUAUCGGAGCUCAAGUACCCGAAAUCAGAAAACCCGAAGCCUGUGUAUUUCCUUCUUCUAAAACUGUACUAUGUCUCAGACAACAGGGUUAUAUCCCGGAACUUCUACUGGCUACAUCUGCCUGGGCAGAAUUACACGCUCUUGGAGCCCUACAGAAAGAAGCGGAUACCUCUCAAGAUCACUUGCAAUUCAGUGUUGCUCGGUCCAAAGUACGAGCUGGAGUUCAGUGUCCAUAACACAUCUAGACCUGGCUUAGCCGGAGGAAACGUUGUUCAAGACGAUGGAACACGCGAUAUGGGUUUGCUCCAGAAGCUCUUUAGUAGACGCGUUGUUUCUACAGAUAGCAACCGCGGUUUGAAAGUGGUGGAAAUGGAGGGAUCUGAUCCAGGAGUUGCCUUCUUCCUUCGUUUCUCAGUCCACAACGCAGAUACAGAGAAACAAGACACGAGGAUUCUGCCUGUACACUACUCUGACAACUAUUUCUCACUAGUUCCAGGUGAAUCAAUGUCUUUUAAGAUCUCAUUUGCAGCUCCUACUGGCAUAAAGAAGACUCCUCGUGUUAUGCUUCGCGGCUGGAACUACCCUGAUGGGUUUACUGUUUUUGGUUAA